CAUCUCAAUUCCUGCACAUGCCAGGAUAAUUACCAAUCCAGUCCCCGCACACUCUGCGAGCCACCCACUGACUGCCGGAAAUGGCAUCCUGCUCACACUCUCUCGUAUCUUCUUCUUUCGUCACUGUGAAUCGAGACAGAGCUAUUCCUCGCUCGCCUUUCACAGGCACCAGAUUUUCUCUCUGUAAAUCUCUAAUUGACAGACGCAACCCUAGCAUUACGAUUUGCGCAUUUCGGUGUAACUCCUCCUGUGAUAAAUCGCGCUCCAACAAGGUUUUCGAUUAUAUCCUCAUGGCAUGCACUUCCGCAGCUUUGUCUCUCUCUUUGUUCCUUGCGGAUGUGGAUGCUGCAUCUGCCUUCGUAGUGACUUCGCCAAGGAAGCUGCAAACUGAUGAGCUGGCUACUGUCAGGCUUUUUCAGGAGAAUACGCCUUCCGUUGUCUAUAUCACUAAUCUUGCUGCCAGGCAGGAUGUGUUCACAUUAAACGUGUUUGAAGUGCCUCAAGGUUCAGGUUCAGGCUUCGUGUGGGAUAAAGAUGGUCACAUUGUCACCAAUUACCAUGUUAUCCGUGGUGCAUCAGACCUCAGGGUCACUCUUUCUGACCAGAGUACUCACGACGCAAAAGUUGUAGGGUUUGACCAAGAUAAAGACGUUGCUGUACUUCGAAUUGAUGCGCCUGAAGACAAGUUAAGACCUAUACCAAUUGGUGUAUCUGCAGACUUGCUUGUUGGUCAAAAAGUAUUCGCUAUUGGAAAUCCUUUUGGUCUUGAUCAUACACUCACUACCGGUGUCAUCAGUGGCCUGAGAAGAGAAAUUAAUUCUGCUGCAACUGGCCGCCCAAUCCAAGACGUUAUUCAGACAGAUGCUGCUAUAAACCCAGGGAAUAGUGGAGGACCACUUCUUGAUAGUUCAGGAAACCUAAUUGGCAUAAACACAGCUAUUUACUCCCCUUCCGGCGCAUCCUCUGGUGUUGGAUUUUCAAUUCCUGUUGACACUGUAAGUGGCAUUGUUGAUCAAUUGGUAAGGUAUGGGAAAGUGACCAGACCAAUUUUGGGUGUUAAGUUUGCUCCAGAUCAGUCUGUAGAGCAACUUGGAGUGAGCGGGGUGCUUGUCUUGGAUGCUCCUCCAAAUGGUCCAGCCGGGAAAGCUGGGCUUCUAGCUACUAAACGUGAUGGAUUUGGCAGGCUUGUUUUGGGGGAUAUAAUUACUUCUAUAAAUGGGAAAAAAGUCUCCAAUGGCUCCGAUUUGUACAGAAUUCUGGACCAAUGCAAAGUGGGUGAAAAGGUGAUGGUGGAAGUCCUACGUGGUGAUCACAAGGAAAAGAUACCUGUCAUUCUAGAACCAAAGCCUGAGGAAUCAUAGAAGCCAGCAGCAGCCUGUGUUGUCGAUCUUGAGUAACCUCCCUAUAGUAAUAUUGCUAUAGAAUACUGGACAGCGUACAUAAUGCGAUCAAAAGGUUUAGACGUCUCUCCCCCCACCCGAUUUGUAAACAUCAAACGUAUAUAUUGUGGCCUGGUAUAUACAGCUGUAAAAUUUGGGCCACUGUAAAAUUUGGGCCACUGUAAAAUUUGAAUGCAAAUUCGAUAUACCCAAUUGUCAUACUCUGCAAUCUGUAACCAACCAGCCUUUUUACUCCCAUUUUACUUGGAAACAAGGAGGGCUAACUCACACUUAUGUUGUAUGGUGUAACGUACCAAAUGUACCAUGCACUUUGUUACUAUAAACCAUUUGUGGCAUUAAGUGUCGUGUGUGACAUUUGUUUGGCACUCGAUGUUUAAAAAUUAAAAUGUCUUUCUAUCUAUCUAAUCUCCAUGUAAAUUGUACUCUCUCGGUCCC